CCUUCAGGAAGCAUUCGUCCCUGGUGCAUUUUUAUGAUUUUGUCUUGUUACUGAUAUAUGACAUAAACUGUUUCCCCUUUACUAACACAAUUAACUAAACAUGUUUAUAAUACACAAAAUAUUUGAAUUAAACUUUGUUUAUCUUUUUGUUUUUUUUCCAACUCAAAUCGAUGGACAGCGAUUUUCAGGUCAAACCACACAUUUCAGUGGGGUAAGUUUGGGCUUGAGCUGGGCCCCCUUACAAAAUACAGACAUUCUUCUUUUUAAGAUAUUCCUUUGUACUAUUUUCUGUAUGCUUUUGGGUCAUUGUCCGCCUGUGAAUUAAUCCUCACCCUAAGAGCAGAUCUCUUGUGGAGUGUAACAGGUUUCCCUCAAGGAUUGGUCUGUAUUUCUCUCUGUUCAUUCCUGCCCUUCAUGGUAACAAAUUCAUGGCAAGCUAUGGUGGUAGAACAAAUUUUAGGACUACUAAUUCUGCCUGAUCAGUUGGCUGCCAGUGCAGAAGAUCAUCCAAGCCUAUACACCAGCCCCGGUCCUCUUCAUUCUUCAUUCAGUCCCUGUACCCCCCUCCCCUGCAUACCUACACAGUAAACUGAUCAGUGUUAAAUAAACUCUUACAGAGUACAUAUGGUCUCUAUUGGAUUCAUAUGUACUCUGUUAGAGUUCAAUCAACACUGUAAAUUAUAAUGCGUACACUUCCCAGUAUUGGCUUCUCUCCCCCCAUAGACAGACGAUCCAUCUCUUCUGACUGCAUCAUAGCUCCUCUAACCCUCUUUAGCUAUCUUCUCUACUUUCUUUUAAGAUUUAUUUUGGAUAAUGAUUUAUCUGUAUAGCUGUAUAAAGAUUAGUUGUGUAGUGGCAUGUGCAUUUGUUACAAUACAAACUCCUGUUUGCCUGCACAUAUUGAUUACGCAUAAAUGUGGUUUCUCUGUCUUCUCUGUCUGGUGAUAUCACACUUUUAUUUUUAAUUCCUGAGACUAACACUGAUUUUCUAUACUUUUUUUAAGUUGACAUAAUUGCAAUGUAAUGUACUCCAUUGCAAUCAAGUGGCGUUAUCCUGUGAUGAGUCAAUUUUCACACCUUUAUCCAAGGCACCCCUCUUUUCCUUUCUCCCUGUGCCUUUACAGGAGCCCCAUGGAAGAUCAUGAGCCCUGCACCAUCCUUUUGCAUUCAUUAAAUAUACCUGUAGGGGAUGUUUCCAACAUUGUGUUCACAGGAAGGACAUGUGGGAGAGCAGAGUGUCAAGCUCAAUUACUGGGGCCCCUGGAAAGUGGGGAAGCAUUUUUAAUGGCUGUAAGCUCUUUUCUUAGAUUUGGGAGAGGUGACAUUAGGUUGCCUAGCAUGUAGCAUGCAAUUACUGGGUUUGUUAGAUUGCUGAAGUUAUUUUUUUGUCCAGUACAAAAAUACUUCAUGAGGCAGAUACAACCACCUAAUUGCUCCUCUUUUCCUUUCAACAUUCAUGGGCAAACAUUUAUUUAUUUAGGGUUUAUUUACUUGAACAUUUUAGAGAGAGAGAGAGAAAGAGAGAAAGAGAAAAGUUAUACAAAGGCUGAAAAAAGGCUGUGCGUGUGUUACGUCAUGUGUGUUGUGUUCACAUGUGAAACACAGACAAUAUGGGUCUGCCCUUGAGCCCUCGUACAUCGCACAUAAUGGAGAGGAGGGGGCUUCAGAAUCAUCGGAAUAGGCAUGUCUGAAUAUGAUGUCACUGGUCCCUAGCGGGUGCAUUGAGUGCACUGAUGAAUCUAAGCAGAGCGGCUCCAGAACAUCUCCUGAGGAAAGCGGCUAUCGCUGUGCUCAUCUCCUGAUGGGAGGAGCCUAUGAAGAUGAGACAGUAGUGACCCCCUCUACAAAUUUCUAUCAUUCAGGCAGCUGAAAAAUAGAAAGAACGGAAAGAGUGGUACCUCACAAAAGAUAAGACUUUCAUCAAGUUUUCUGAACAGGCCACAAUGAUGGAGAGAAUGACACUGCUGGUGGUGUGCUGCCUGGUAAUGCCUGUUUUGAGUUCCCCACUCUACCCAGCUCUUAGGUUCGGUCAGAGGGCCUCUGCCUCCAUCCUGGUCAGUUCCUCCAUGGAGGACCCCACCCGGCUGCUUCCAGCACCAGACAUCAGAAAUCUCAACAGGCAAGAGCGACAAAAGGCAGAGUAUCGCUCGGGAAGGCAUGCCGACGCCAUCUUCACCAACAGCUACAGGAAAGUGCUGGGCCAAAUCUCAGCUAGGAAGUUCCUUCAGACAAUAAUGGGCAAACGGCUGGGCAUGGAGGAGGCAGAGAACUAUGGGAAACGUGAUUCGGACCUUUAUGAGGAGGACCUCACCACCAUCCAGAGAGAACAGAGGUACAGAGCACAGCAGCACGGUUUCCAUAGACCCAGCUCUAGGUGCAAUGCCUGUGCCUAUGGGAGGAGCCAUACAGACCUAAAUCUGUCUGGAGAUGUGGGCGGGCUGAAACUGGACAGGGACUGACUGAGACAGUCUUGGUCCCUCCUCUACCACCAACCUGUUCAUCUCCACGCAACAUUUGGCUCUGAAGUUUAUUUUACAAAACACUUUUAUUUUUUCCAGCAGCUAUACAACAACAAAAAAAUCUGUGACAAAUUGCACUUUGGAAUUGCUGAAAGAAUUUUUUCUUGCAUUCUUCCAAAUAAAACAAUGCAAUUCUAAA